AUGAAUUAUAAUCUACAACCAAAUGUACAUCCUGUUACUUAUUUAAAUGCAAAUCAGCAACCACAACAACAAUCCCAAUCAAAUCAUCAUCAUGAUCACCACCACCUCCAAAAUACCACCCUGCAAUCACAAUCUAAUAAAAAAGAAUCUUCUUUAGAUAUUGAAAACGUUACUUCUCCAUCAUCUAUUACUUCAUCAAAUUCACCUCAGAAUAAUAUUAAUGGUUCACCACAUUCUUCAUUUACUUCACAAUCUGCUGUAAAUUCACCAAUUGAUGUAUUAAAACAACAACAACAACAACAACAACAACAACAACAACAAGCUCAAAAUGCUCAUUCACAACAUUCUCAUAAUAUCUUACAACCUCAAAUUCCUCAACAACAUGCUAAUUUAUCAUCAUCAUCUCAAAUGAUUCCACCCCCUACCCAACAACAACAAACUACUUUUCAACAACCAACAUUACAUCCAAGUUUACAUCAACAAUACAAUUCUUAUUAUAUGUAUAAUCAACAACCAACAAAUCAAUUGCAACAACCAGUCCAACAAUCACAAUUUCCACCGCAAUUUCAUGAUUUUGAUCAAUAUUCUUCUACUUAUCAACAACAACAAUUUAAUAAUGGGUUUGAAUCUUCAAGAAAAGCUUCAAUUUCGACAAAUUCAUCUAGUACAAUUACAUCUGCAAAACCUAAAAAGACUUAUAAAAAAAUUAGAGAUGAAGAUUUAAAAGGUCCUUUUAAAUGUGCUUGGGGUGAAUGUAAUAUUAUUUUCCAAUCACCGGAAUUAUUAUAUGAUCAUUUAUGUGAUGAUCAUGUUGGUCGUAAAUCAUCAAAUAAUUUGAAUUUAACUUGUCGUUGGGAUAAUUGUAAUACAACUACUGUUAAAAGAGAUCAUAUUACAAGUCAUUUAAGAGUUCAUGUUCCUUUGAAACCAUUUCAUUGUAAUUUAUGUACAAAAUCAUUUAAAAGACCACAAGAUUUAAAGAAGCAUUCAAAAAUUCAUGCUGAUGAUCAUCCAAAGAAAUUGAAGAAGGAAAGAAAAUUACAACAACAACAACAACAACAAAAUUUGAAAAAGAGAAGUUAUGAUUCUAAUUUGGUUAAUAAUAUUUUAACAGAUUUUAAUUUCCCAAGUAAUGAUUUGAAAAGAUCUAAAUUGGAUUAUAAUUAUAAUCAUGAUAUUUAUAACAGAUUAAAUGAUCAAAUACAUCAUUAUCAACAACCACAAGCUACUCAAUUACCACAAUCACAACCUAUUUAUUCAACAAAUAUUCUUGGUGAAGCUGAAAAAUUUUUCAGUCAAUUGAAUAACAGUAUUGAAAUGACUUAUAAUACAAUGUCAUCACAAUAUCAACAACAAUCACAAUCACAACCAACUACUUCAUCUCAAAAUCUUUAUCCAUCUAUACCUUCAACAUUGCCAAAUUUAUCAACUCCAUCACAACCUUCUUCAAAUGGUCAUUCGUCAUCAAGUUAUCCACAAAUUAAUAGAUAUAAUAAUUUAUCGUAUUCACAACCUUCACAACCACAUCCAAAUGUAUUGGAAUUUGGUAAUGUCAGUACUUAUCAAAAAUCUGGUCAAAAAUUAAAUAAAGAUGAUGAAUUGGAUAAAUUGAUUGAAAAAUUAGAUAUUAAUGAAAGUGAAAAUGAUGAACUAGAAACUACUUCUGAAAGUGAAUAUGAAGAGGAAGAAGAAGAUGAAAUUGUUAUUAAUGGUUACAACUUGAAAGAUGUUGAAGAACAAAGGGAUUUAAUAAAAUAUGUCCUUCAAUACAUUAAGAAUUUGAAAUCAAAGGUGCAAAAUGGUAAUGAAAGUAUAGGCUUCAAAACAAGUUUAUAUCCUACUAUCACAGCAUUUUAG